AUGCCUAACAAAAAUUUAACUACAUCUUAUCAACCACAAAUUAAUGACACAUUUGAAAGUCAUGAUAAAUUUGUUAAUAAAAUUAAAAGUUAUGCUUAUAAUCUUAGUUUUACUAUUAGACUUGGAAAGUCUGAACAUCUAAAAUCAGAAAAUAAAGCAAAUUGUUUAGAAAAGCAAAUUAUUAAUAUAGAUCUUAUUCAUAAUUAUCAAAUGGUUGAAGAAAAUUAUAAAUUUUUUAUGUCUAAUAAAUGGAAUAUUCUUGAUAAUGUUAAGCA